AUUUAGGGACUAUACUGUCAUAUGUUUUGCAUACCUGCAACAGUAAAUAUACUGUGAUAGGUAUGUAGAUUAGACAGCACUACCUAGUCAAGAGAUAAUCUUAAGGUCAAGUUGAAUACGUGAUUAUAAAUUUUACAUUGUAAUUUAAGGGAUUAUAAAAUCGAGUUAUAAACAAUUCUAUGAGCGGAUACCUAUAGAUACAUACCUCUAUGUGGUAUAUAAAUACAGGUAUUUGAGAGAAACAUAACAAUUAUUUAGGCUUUAUUUAGACAGAGAUCAGAAAGUGUCGUCAAAUGUGGUGCAAGUACGCAGUCCGCAUUUUUUUUGUGAAUCAUUUUUCAGAAGAAUUCAGAAUAUUUCCGUAUAUUAUCUACAAUGUUGUUUUAAUAUUAUGUAUGAGUUAUGACUACAUCUGACUCAAAUAUUUUUAUAAUGCUGACGUUUGAAAAGAGGAACGUGUCAACAAGGGGUGUUUUUGUAGAUUUAUUUUCGCCCAGAAAAAGCUUUCACAAACAAGAAGCCAUAAGUCCAACUGUACCUAAUUUAUUAUAAUAGAUGAUGAGAAUGAUCAUUUACAUGAACACAUUAGUUUUCAUCACCUCAUUCUUCAAAUUUUGCACACAGUUCAAUUUAUACCAAUCUUGUUCCAUUUCUGGGUCUCAUAAUGCAGUUUCAGAGCACAAAUAAACAUAUUUCUCGAGGAACACUUUAUCUUAAUAACAAUACGUACUGAAAACCCGCAGGAAAUAAGGUGUCAACAUUAUUUGCCUUCUGUCGGCCUAAUCUACUUCGUGAUGUAAGUAAACGAAUCGUUCUUAUGUUAACAAAGCUCGUUUUAUGCCGUCAUUCAUAUUUGUUGGGAGAAACACAAGACCGACAUUCGCGAGAAAACCUCAUGAGAUAAACGACAAGCGUAAACGAAAUUAAAACGACUAGACUUUGCCAUGUUUCGAAUUAAAUUAUCGAAGAUGGCUUUCGAAAUGAACGACCUCAAAGGAAUUUUAUUUCUGGUACUGUUCGCUAUGCCAAUGGUAGCAACCCUAAACAUAAACUGCCACGGCAAAGCCUUCCACUGCGUCAACUCCACACAUUUUAUGAUAUGCGUGGAUUUGGGAGGGGGCGUGUCUACAACCAUAGAUGAUUUCGUCAUACCAUGCCCAGCCACAACAGUGUGCCAUGAAGAAAAUACUUUUGAGUGCGAUUUUCCUAAAAUAGAAGUGAUACCUCCACUUCAAGUUCUUGGUGUUUAUGAACAAAGUGAUACUAGUGGAAAAAAUUUAGUGACCGAAAGUGUAACAAUACCAACGACAACAAGUGAUAUAAUCAGUGAGUUCAUAGAAAAUAUUACUGCAACAACUUUGCCGACCCCUAAAGUAGUAAAGCCUGUAUUGAUUUUGGAAGAGCAUAUUCAACAACCGACGCAAGUUGAUAAUCGAAAUACUACAGACCCUGGUAUGCAAGCGACUUCUAGUUUUGUCAAUAAAACUAAUAAUAUUGCAAAUAAUAACCAAACAAAUAUUAAUACAAUAAUUACUUCAACAGUCGAUUAUUCUAGCUUUGACACUGUAACAGAAACUUUUACUGAUAAUAUAAGCGAUCCAAUUACAGGAGCUACUAAUUUAAUGUCUGUUCUACCAGAAAAUGUUACUGUAACUACAUCACUUCCCGAUGUUUCUACUUUAAAUUAUUUAAAUGCUAACAUAUCUCCUACAAAUUACCAAAAUAAAACUCAACAAAUAACAAAACAGGAUGGUAAUGCCAAAAACAUGAGCAAUACAAUUAAUAUUGUCCCAGAAGUAAACGGCAAAAAAACUGUUCAAAACCUUACAAAAUCAAAUUUUACUACUGAAACUUUAAUAAACAGUACCACUGAGAGUGUGAAUAUUUCGAAAUCAGUUUCGGAAGCUGGAAUCGUCCAAGCUACGACUGAUAUGUCUUCACUAGGGUUGGUGGAUUUAAUUUUAGGCACCCAGAGCACAAAUCCUAUCAUGAAUAUUGCGAACAAUAGUACAAGUAAUUUUGAUAACGAUGUUACAACAGUGGAUCCAUACACUAAGCAAGACACCAAUGAUAGUGGUAGUACAUUUUCAGAAGCCGCUACACCUACAGAAACAAUAUUAACGGACAUGCUUAUUUCUACUGAGCAAAUAAGCACGACUCCUUCAAUAAAUACGAAUUUAGAAGCUUUAAAUAAUACUGACAUAAAUUACAAUUCUUUUACGGAAUUUAAUUUUAGUGAUCAGAUUACAACAACUGAAAACCUUCCAAAAACCACUACACAAUGCUUUGAUUUACAACAGAAGAAAGUUUCAAGUACGCAAAGAUCUACGACACCAACUUAUGUUGAAGUUUCCACCACAGUUGACCAAACUAAGGAAAUAAUUUCAACUAAAGAUUUAACAAUAGUCUUUAAUAAUAAUUCGUAUCAGAUAAAUACUGAUAAAAACCAAUCAUUACUAUCAGAAAACAAUAUGAGCGAUGUUAUAAAAACUACUGAUACGAUAAAGAUCCAUUACGGUGUUUCAAGUACAGAGCCUACUUUGUUGCUGUCAACUAGUGUUAAACAUGCUGCAAUUGAUACGCCCACUGCAGAAAAGCCGCCACAAGUAUCACAGAAUGAAGUCCCAUCGCAUGUCAUAAAACUAAAAAAUGAGUCAUCUGUUACUGAGGGCCCGUACAUUACUAUUAAUGAGCCUAAGAAAGACAUUGUGCAGAACGAUACAAUUUUAAUAAUUUUUACAGCAACAGUCCCAAAUACGGUCACAGAAGCCACGUUAGUCACAGAAGACAAUACUAUGUUUUCAACACAGUUAACUGAAGUAAUCAGCAAGUCACCAGUAACAGGCAAGACCUCUCUUGUGAAUGAACCAAAACAAGAAACUGUUAAGAACACUACACCCGUUACAAUCAAAACAACAAAGACCACAAAUGACGCGAGGUCAAAUUCAGCCACAGACGCAAGAGAUAACUUUGUAUUAUCAACACAGUUUACAGAAAUAGCAAAUAAACCUACGCAAAAAACCCUUGAAAAUAAUAUAGAUACCACAAUUAAUACAAUAGAGAUUGCAAACGAUGUAAUGGUAAAUACAGCCACAGAAGCAGUAGAUUCCUCUAUACUUCCAACACAGUUCACUGAAGUAAUAAGUAAGUCCCCAGUAACAGACAAACCCACUCUUGCAAAUGAACCCAAGCAAGAAAUUGUUGAAAACAAAACAGAUGUCACAAUGAAUCCGACAGAUGUCUCAAAUAAUGAAAGGACGAAUUCAGCCUCAGAAGCAGUAGAUUAUUCUAUGUUAUCAACACAAUUUAUCCAAGUUACUAAUAAGUCCCCAGUAACCGACAAACCUAAUACUAUUAAUGAAUCCAAGCGGACAACUGUUGAGAACAAUUCAGUUUUAAAAACAACGGCUUCUUAUGACACAAAGCUAACUUCAAUCACAGAACUUUUAAAUAUUUCUACACUUUCAGCAAACUUUGCCAAGGUUACAAAUGAGUCACGAGAUGCAGAGCCUCCUAAUAUUGUUAAUGAACACAAGCAAGAAAGGACCGGUGAUAUGAUGAAGAAAUAUUCAGACACAGAAGCUUUAAGUAAUUCCACAUUUUCUGUACAUUUCACUGGAGCCACCAAUAAGUCGCCAGUAGCAGAGUACAUUAGUAUUAGGAAUGGAUCUAAUCAAGAUGGUGCUCAAAAUAAUAAAUUUAUAAUAAUUCACACAACAACAGCUUCUGGUAUCUUUCAAAAAGAAUCGGUAAAAGAUGCCACGUAUAAUUCCACAUUUUCAAAUCAUUUUACUAUAACUGAGUCACCAGUAAUAGCCUAUCCUUAUGUUGUCGAUGAACCUAAGCAAGAAACAACUGAGAACAUUAAGAAUACCGUUUUAUCAGCCUCUACAACAACGGCUCCUAAUGACAUAGGAACAAAUUCGCUCAAAGACGAUUUUACACGUUUCGAACAUUUUAUCAAAGAAACAACUGAGUUACCAGCAACACCCUAUCCUCAUGUUAUCAAUGAACUUAAGCAACAUGUGGUUGCGAGUGAUACACUUUUGACAAAUUAUGCAAUGGCUCCUGAAAAUGCGCGGAAAGAAUUAGUUAAAAAUGCCACAGAAAAUAAUUUUGACGGAGUAACAACUGAGUCAACGUAUUCUAGUAAUAUUGCUGGACGCAAGCAAACAAUUGUUGAUAGUAGUCAACUUUUGAUCGUUCAUACAACGGCUCCCGAUAUCUUGACGACAAAAUCAAACACAGAAUUCGUAGAUAAUUCUGCAUAUAUUGCACAUUCAAAUGUUAAUCAACCCAAGCAAGAGAGUGUUAAAACAAGUGCAAUUUCACCAGUAAAUACAAUAUCGGCUAACAAUUACGGUACAGAACCCAAAGUUAAGGACUCGACAACAGUAUCAGAUCUGGUUACAAAUGAACCAGCAGGACUGAUAGGUGAAAAUAAUACACGUAUCGAUCAUGUAAGAGCCAAAAUAGGAGAAACUUACCAAGAAAAUAUAACUACUGAUUUCACGAAUCCUCCGAAGCAUUUAGAGACGACUACGUUAGGACUUUUUUCUACUAAUAAUGAACCGGUCGCCACAUUCCAAGACGCAGUUGCGACUACUACCUAUAAGAAUAAUUUAAAAAACAGUUUGACUAAACUAUUUCCCCUCAAAGUUGCGGACAUUAAUAAAACUGAUAACAUUGGAUUUGUAAAUAAGGAUAUUGGCACCGCUCCUAAUACGGCCAUGAAUCCUGAUGUAUCACCAAUAAUAAGUCUACCUGAAAUACCUCCUUUAAAUAAGUUUGUGGGUGCACCUACCAGUAGCUUGCCAGAAAUCGUCGAUACAGUUUCGAAAAAGGAUUCCACAAAGGUGUAUGAAAAACUAUUAAUGGAUGGCCCACAAAAUGCUGAUAUUAAUGGACACUCUACGACAGAAUACAUACCCGAAACUAGUACUACGCAUGCCAUAGAUGGUAUCGAUUAUACUAACAUUAAGAAAAUAUCGAGUUUUGGGAUGAAUACACAAUCUAUUAUCAGCGUGACUACUGAAACAGCGUUUGCAUCCCUUGGAACAUCUGUUGAUUGGAGUGCGUCAGAUAAGACGGACAGAGUUAACACGGAAACUGUACUUUCUGAAAUUUCUACCAAGACUGAUACUGGACCGACAAGGUAUACAACCGAUAAAAUUUCAUCAUCAACAGUAAUAAACUAUAUAGAUAAAAGUAUCAAGAUAGUGUCAGAAUCCAAUUUGGUAAAUUCCUCAAACGCAAUACAAAGUAGGAAGUUGGAACCGUCGAAUUUAAAUCCAUUAUUAUCGCCUGAUUAUAUAAAAACAAUAAGGCCACAAGACUCAAGCAUGUACAUCACUACCUCUGAUUAUAAUCCUGCGGAUUUCACUCAAGUUGAACAGCCGGUAACGAAGAAGUUUGAAGUUUUACAACAGAAACCGACAACGAUUGUGGAUUUAUUCAAGCCUGUAACUGAUACGUAUACAUUACCAGCGGUAGAAGAAAAAACUGAAAAUAUUAAACGCGUGUCAGUUACUGAAGCAACACUGCCCAGGAACUCAGUCUUCAAAGGGAUUAAUCCAACAAGUCAAGACUUUAAUUACGUGACUGAAAAAAAUAACAUUUACGUUUCCUCGCAGGAACCUAUGCUAAAUAAAUUAAACAAAAUACCUAAGGUGGAUACUGAAUUUUCAAUAAAUAAUGCUAUGGCUAGCACAACUAUUUUGCCAAAAACAUUUAAGACACUUGUGAUAAGAAACAACGACAUGAUAAUAACUGACGCUAGUAUAUUUACAUCGAGUUCAACACCACCGGUACCAGUAGAAAAUAACUUAAAAAUAUAUAAAGAAUUGCCAAUUUCAAGUUCAAAACCAACGGAGACAAAAACAACAGAAUAUUAUAGUGUAAAGCCAGUCUUACCAAUAACAGAAGUUCCAUUCGUUAAAACCACUACUGUUGCCAGUCAACCAAGCAAAAUUCCAACCCAAACAAUGCCUAAAUCAGUAAGUGAAACAGACAGUGAUAUACUCAAAACUACAGGUUUUCCAAAACUACUGAUUCAGAUGGAAAAUAACAAGUCUACCCGGUCGACAAAAGGCAAAACAACUGAAACGGUCAGUUUAGCUACGGAACCAGAUUCGAUGGUAGAAACUAUCAAGGUGGAAGCAAUUCCGAACCCAGUCGUUUCUUACACUAUUACAAACAAUAAUUCGACUGAUGGAAUUAAAACAGGGAAAAGCAAAAUUGAUCAUGAAAGCAUAGUAAUUGGAAAUGUUUACAAAACUAUUGGACCAUCUAAAACCACCGAUUUAAAGUUACUAGAGGAUAAUUCUAAAGUAGAAGCUAUAAAUCCAAAAAGUGAUUGGAUAAAAUCAGAUAUCGACGUGGAUAUCGCCAAAAUAAAAGAAACAUCUAUUGAAGACACCACUAAGUCAUCAGGCUUCGCAUCCAAAUCAGGUCCUGCAAUUAAGACGUUAUUACCGAUACCUACCGCAACCGUACUGGUUAGGCCUAAGGUAAAUCAAACAGCCGAUUCCAUUCAGCUCUCAUCGGUAGCAAUUCAUCCUACAAUCGCGACUCAAAUCGAGUCAACCAUUCCCAAAACAGAACCGAAACCUAUCACUAAAGAAAAUCAAAAAACAGUGACAAAUGCUUUCAUAACAGUAAAUAAUAAAACUUCAGAUGGGAAAUUACAAUUCCAAGAACCUGUAAGAAAUACGACUGAUAGUUAUCACAUGAAUAAUGCAAAAGCAAACGUUACUACAUCAUAUCAUAAGUUAUCACUUCAAAACAAUACGUUCAAUGACGAUUUAACGGAGCAUUUAAUAUCAACGAAUCACACCAUUACGACAGAAGUACAAAAUCAUUUGAAUGAAAGUGAUAAACAAAGUAAUAAAACUAAUUAUUCAGUAACGUCAAAUAUAACGAGUACGCAUUAUCAAAACAAUACUGCUUUAAAAAUAAAUUCAGGAGAUAAAGGCUAUUCUAUUUCCGUAUCUACUCCACAAGUUUUUAGUUGUUUGAAUCGUACUCGCGGCAAAUACUCAGAUAAAAGAGAUUGUAGAAAAUUCUAUACUUGUAUAGGCAACCUCCAGCCUAUGAUAGGAACUUGUCCAAACAACACCGUGUUUAGCGAAAUUAAUAAACAGUGUACGAGAAAUUUAUCGCAUUGCGUGCGAAACAAUCAGUUCCGAUGUUUAUUAGGGGGAAGGUUUAGUGACUUCUUCAAAGAUAAUAUUUAUUACAUUUGUGUUAAAAAUAAUAUCCACGGUUUUAUACGGUAUAAACUAAAAUGCCAGAGUGGUUAUCAUUUAAACAAGGCCACAGUUAAAUGCGAGAAAGACGAAGAGAUAUCAAUUCAAUCAGCGUCUUCUAUAAGCGAAGCAAAUAAUGAGGAGAGCACUACAGUCAAAAUUAAAAGUGAUAAAAUUACCAAAACAGGUUUUAAAUGUGAGAAUGAAGGUAAUUUUCCAUACGAUAAGGAUUGCAAAAAAUAUUACGUUUGUACUAAAAUUAAAAGUGAUUAUCAAUGGAAAAUCAAGAAAUGUCCCAGUGACGAAGUGUAUGAUAAAAAGAAGAAAAAGUGCGUAGAUUCUGAUAGCGGGGAAUGUUAAUUGUUCAAAUACAGGAUUACUUUAUUUUUGAAGUAUUUCAAGCUUGUCCGUCUUAUGUAGAUAUUGUAAAAAUAAACUAAUGUAUUUUUAAA